UUCCCUGAAAUGUGUCGUCAGUCGUGUACUCUUGUCUACUCCAAGGCAGAGUGAGUCAGAGCCUGAGUUAACUUGCCAGCUCCAAUUGGCUCUUCUCCUCGUCACAACAAGUUGCGAAUCUGCCAAGUGAUCGCUUCUGUUCAUAAUAUAACAUACAUCGGGUAGAAAUGGUAAUGUGGGUAUUUGGUUAUGGUUCUCUCAUCUGGAAGGCUGGCUUUCACUUCGAUGAGCGCGUCGUUGGUUUCAUCAAAGGCUAUCGACGUGUCUUCUACCAAGGCUCAACUGACCACAGAGGAACACCUGAGUAUCCUGGAAGAACAGUGACCCUGGAGCCUGCUGAAGGAGAAAUAUGUUGGGGAGUUGCUUACAAGAUCUCCAAGAAAGAAGACCAAGAAAUCGCAUUAACGUAUCUGGAAGUGAGAGAGAAGCAAUAUGACAAGAAGGAAUAUGUGGAUCUUUUCACCGAUAUUAAUGCUACAAGCCCAGCCAUAACUGGUGUCAUGGUGUAUAUAGCAUCUCCAGACAAGAAAGUUAAUGUAAAUUACUUGGGUCCUGCAUCUUCUGAACAUAUAGCGAGACAAAUAAUUCAUGCUGAAGGGCCCUCAGGACCUAACAGAGAUUAUCUUUUCCAACUUGAAAAGGCUCUUCUUCAAAUAGGAUGCCAAGACAACCAUGUUAUUGAUCUUGCAAACGAAGUGAGGCGUUUUCUUUCGGAGAAACAUUGAAUGCUUCAGUGUAUUCUGUCAGCUUUCAACAUCCUGAGACUUUAACAAAUCCCUUUUAACUUUAAUUCUAUUGGGGAAACACUGCAUAUGUUUGUCGUAGAUGAAUGAUUAAUCAAUUAUUAAAAUACAUAAUUAUUUUUUA